GCGCGGGUUCAUGCAAAUGUUGAAAACACAGCAGACAGGGGCUGAAUCAGAGGACGUGGUCCCAGCGGUGAACUGAUUCAUUUAGUUUUCGUUUCGUCGACUUGUGAUGGCAGCGACCACAGAGGCUCCGGAGCCCUGGUACCUGGCCCUGCUGGGCUUUGCCGAACACUUUCGCACGUCUGGUCCCCCGAAGAUCCGGCUCUGCGUCCACUGUCUGCAGGCGGUGUUUCAGUUCAAGCCGCCUCCGAGGGUCGAGGCCCGGACUCACCUCCAGCUGGGCUCGGUGCUGUACCGCCACACAAAGAACAGCGAGCUGGCCCAGACUCACCUGGAGAAAGCGUGGUUCAUAUCACAACAAAUAUCUCAGUUUGAAGAUGUUAAGUUUGAAGCUGCAAGUAUUCUCUCUGAGUUCUACUGUCAACAGAACUUGGUGGACUCUGCAAAGCCAGUGCUGCGGAAGGCCAUUCAGAUUUCUCAGCAAACUCCCUACUGGCACUGUAGACUUCUGUUUCAGCUGGCACAACUGCACGCACUGGAGAAAGAUUUGGUAUCGGCGUGCGACCUCCUAGGAGUCGGCGCGGAGUACGCAAGAGUCAUGGGAUCAGAAUACACAAGAGCUCUGUUCUUGUUAAGCAAAGGAAUGUUGCUGCUGAUGGAGAGGAAGCUGAGCGAGGUGCACCCACUGCUGACGCUGUGUGGGACCAUUGUGGAAAACUGGCAGGGGAACCCCAUCCAGAAGGAGUCUCUGAGAGUUUUCUUCCUGGUGCUGCAAGUCACACACUACCUGGAUGCUGGCCAGGUGAAGAGUGUGAAGCCGUGUCUGAAGCAGCUUCAGCAGUGCAUCCAGACCAUCUCCACCCUCCACGAUGACGAGAUCCUCCCUACUAACCCGGCAGCCCUCUUCCACUGGCUGCCCAAGGAGCACAUGUGUGUGCUUGUGUACUUGGUGACGGUGAUGCACUCCAUGCAGGCCGGCUACUUGGAGAAGGCACAGAAGUACACGGACAAAGCUCUCAUGCAGUUGGAGAAGCUGAAGAUGCUGGACAGCAGUCCCAUCCUGUCCACCUUCCAAGUCAUCCUGCUGGAGCACAUCAUCAUGUGCCGGCUGGUCACAGGACACAAGGCCACAGCUUUACAAGAGAUUUCUCAGGUUUGUCAGCUCUGCCAACAGUCGCCCAGGCUGUUUACAAAUCACGCUGCCCAGCUUCACACACUAUUGGGUCUGUACUGUAUCUCGGUGAACUGCAUGGAUAACGCUGAGGCACAGUUCACUGCUGCUCUGCAGAUGACAACGCACCAGGAGCUGUGGACAUUCAUCGUGACAAACCUGGCCAGCGUUUACAUCCGUGAAGGGAACAGACAUCAAGAGCUGUACAGCCUUUUAGGGAGGAUAAACCCUGACCACAACUUUCCUGUCAGCUCUCACUGUCUACGAGCUGCGGCAUUUUACAUCAGAGGCCUCCUGUCUUUCUUCCAGGGACGUUACAACGAGGCCAAACGAUUUCUAAGGGAGACUCUGAAGAUGUCUAACGCAGAGGAUUUAAACAGGCUGACCGCCUGCUCACUAGUCCUGCUCGGCCACAUCUUCUUUGUUCUGGGAAACCAUAGGGAAAGUAACAAUAUGGUGGUUCCUGCCAUGCAGUUGGCCAGCAAGAUCCCAGACAUGUCUGUGCAGCUCUGGUCCUCAGCUCUUCUCAAAGAUCUGAGCAAGGCGUGCGGAAACACCAUGGACGCACACGAAGCGACGCAGAUGCACCAGAACUUUUCUCAGCAGCUCCUGCAGGACCACAUCGCGGCCUGCAGCCUCCCCGAACACAACCUCAUCAGUUGGACAGACGGCCUCCCUCCUGUGCAGUUUCAGCCUCAGAACGGACCGACGACCAGCCUGGCCGGCCUGCUCUGAGACCCAAGAUUGCGACGCUCGCGGGGGAAAAUAAGAUGCUGCAGGGAAAAUGACAUUAAAAAAACUGACUACAAAAGAAAAAAGAGAAGCGAUUGAUAAAAGGGUAAGAGUGAAGGGAGAGUAAUGAAGUUAGAAAAAGAAGGCACUGUGUCAUUUGGCAGACGUCCAUUUGGUGCAUUCCUUCACCUAUUUGGAGCACUGGGGUUUUAGGACUAAAUAUUAGGACUUUUUUUUUUUUUUUUGGAAAGCAUAAGGUGUUUCACCACCACAAAAUUAAUGAAGGAAAAUAUUAUUGCUGAGUUUUAAGACUGCUACCACUUUAUAUCUGUAAGAUACCUCUGAGUUAUACCCGGGAGUUGGCUUACUCAGCUUUGCAGAAAAUCUAAAAAAACGCUAGUUUGGCUCUUUUCAAAUGCACCUAAAUCCAUCUAGCAGCACCUGUGAAGCCCACCUAUUAAUACGCUACACAAAAAUAUGUUUGUCGCGUUCUCGGAUGUUGAGCUUUCCCUUCAAACUGAACUGAUUUGCCCUUCGCAUUUAGCUCCCUCUCUUUUAGAAGGCCACAGGGUAUUUUUUUUUAUUAUCAUCAUUUUGGAUGAAGUAAAAUGAAGCUUUUGUCUUUUAAGAUUGAAUUACCGCCCAAUUAGAACCGUCCACUGGCUGAACAGGCGCAGUCACAUGAACCCAAUAUCUGUUCAAAUCACUGUUUUGCCCGUUCUGAUGCAGCAUUCGUUAGGAUUCACUUGGGUAUACAGUGUGUAUAUAUACAGUAUAUCUCUGUAUUGUAGUUGGCCGUUUAAUGUGUAAUUUAUUCACAACUGACAGUUCAUGUUGAGCUGCGACCAAACUGGUGUUUUCAUAAAUUACAUGGGCCAAUAUUAAAACAGCAUUUAAAGCGUGUCCUGUGAAGUAUUGGGACACUACAGCUGAGACCACGUUCUGCCCGACCGUGCUUCCUUUAAGACUGUUCACUCUCACUGUGGUGUAUGUUUAUAUGCCGUGCACAUUUUGCCUGAGGUCAAGAGGAAGCUGGUAAUAACAGUAGUAUUUCUACAAAAUAAGGGUGACUCUGACCUCUUUGUACAUACGUUGUUUCAUGAUGAAACUCACAUUUUUACCUUUUCCAUGUAAUAUUUUUUCACUCCGGUUCCUCUCACUUCCUGCUCUACUAAUUUCUUCCAGACGAUGGCGGCAUAAAUUUUGUAUUUAAAUGACUUAUUUAUUUACCGUUGCUGUCCGUUUUACCUGGUAUGUUUUGUUCCCUGCCGGUACUGUUCAUUGGUGAUUUGAUAUGUUAUCAAAUAACUGGUAGGAAUGUGAAUUUGACGACACCUGAGGAGGAACGUUACAGUUUUAGACACAAGUAGACACAGUUACACAGCUUUAUGUACUGAUAGUGGCUUUCAAAAUAAACUGCUGAGUUUGGUCAUUUGAGAUGGCGAUUACUGCAAUAAAAGACGGUAAGGAUGCCAUUUAAUUUACUGGCGUUUUACAGCGUGUUAUAAAACACAGCGUUUGAUGUGUGUUUCCUCCCACUGUCACUUUAACUGCUUUAACACUUGUGUGACUUUUUUUUUUUUUAUAAAUAAAACUGAAAAGAUUGA